AUGACAGUGUACCACUGGGUGGAGAUGAGGACCAAGAUGCGCAUCUUGGGCUUCAAUGCAGAAGCCGUCAAGCCAAUGAAUGAGGGGGCGGCCGCCGAGUUGGGCGCGGAGCUGCUGGGCGAAGCCAUCAUCUUCGUCACAGCCUGCAGCUGCUUGAUGCUGGAGUACCGGCGCCACCAGGCGCAGCAGCGCCGCAAGGAAACCGAGCGGCGCGCCUCCUGGGACGCGAUGCGGGACGAAGUGGGCCACCUGGCGCUGGCGCUGGAGGCGCUGCAGGCGCAGGUGCAGGCGGCGCCGUCGCAGGGCGCCCUGGAGGAGCUGCGGGAGCAGCUGCAAGAAGUGCGCUUUCAGCUCUGCGCCCGGAACCCGCAGCCCGAGCCCCAGGCAACGCCCGUGUCCGAGGAAUAGGAGGCCGCAGAGGCCUGGUCUUGGACGUGACUGUUUGAGCUGCGACGUCUCCGAUAUGACCUACUCUCUUCACUAUCCCAUCCUGAACCGGCCCAACUGACACUACCCGGUCCUUUUGGGGACAGAAGGGAUCUUGGACUGGGGCUGAUCCAACCGGGCAUUUGGUCACCUCCCUAUUAACCUGCCCAGUAGUACCUCCCAUUGGGACUCCCCCUCCCACUGGCAGAAUGUUCCAGCAGGGACCUCUCCCUCCCUCGCCCCCGCUAGCACAUUGACUUAGUACUUUGUAGA